AUGCAUGGCCAGUGGUUGAUGUCAUUGGCGCUGAGCGCCUUUGGGGCCCAGGCUCUUCGCUACGAUGAGAGAUAUGUCGACUGGAACCUGAAUAUGAACCAGGAGGCAGUAGAUCCAAUGGACUACUCCACCAUCUACGAGAAUCACACAUACCAUCCUUCUCCGGAUAACUGGCGGUUCCCCUUCUACAGUUUCUUCAUGGACCGAUUUGUGAACGGAGACCCGAGCAACGAUAACAUCAACGGCACUGCUUGGGAACAUGAUAUCUAUGGUACCCAACUUCGUCAUGGUGGCGACACUGAUGGUGUACGCGAUUCUCUUGACUAUCUUCAGGGAAUGGGCAUCAAAGGCAUCUACCUAGCCGGAAGUCUCUUGUACAACUUCCCUUGGGAAUCAGACAGCUACAGUCCUCUGGACCAUACCCUUAUUGACAAACAUUUCGGUACUAUCGCCCAAUGGAGAGAGCUGAUCAACGACAUUCACUCGCGUGGCAUGUAUGUCCUGGUUGACAACACUAUGGCAACCAUGAGCGACGUUAUCGCCUUCGAAGGCUACUUCAACAGCAGUACACCCUGGUCGUUCAAAGAGCACACUGCCGUCUGGAAAUCAAGUCAACGUUACUCAGACUGGGAGUUCAAGAACGAAUGGCAUGCUGAAUGCCCAUACGAAUACCCUCGCUUCUGGGACCAGGGCGGUAACCGUAUUGAGGAUGGUAAUAUCACAAAGAUGGUUGGGUGUAUGGACAGUGAGUUCGAUCAAUAUGGCGAUGUCGGUGCCUUUGGUCAGUACCCAGAAUGGCAAAAGCAACUGUCGAAAUUCAACGGCGUCCAAGAUCGUCUGAGAGACUGGCGGCCCUCUGUUCAGACCAAGCUCCAACACUUCAUGUGUAUGAUGCUCGAAGCCCUCGACUUCGAUGGUUUCCGUAUAGACAAGGCCAUGCAAGUUACUGUCGACGGCCAAGGCAACUUCUCCCAUGCCAUGCGCGAAUGUGCAUCAAGUCUUGGAAAGUACAACUUCUUUAUUCCUGGAGAGAUUGUCAACGGAAACGCCAACGGUGCCAUCUAUUUGGGACGCGGUAAAGAGCCAGGAAUGGCCGUUGAGAACAUCACCGAAGCGGCAACUACGAACUCGACUUAUAUCCGUGAUGAUCAACACCAGGCUCUGGAUGCCGGUGCCUUCCACUACACAAUCUACCGUGGUCUAAUGAGAUUCCUGGGGCUUGACGGUGAUCUUUUGGCUGCAGCUGAUGGCCCUGUGAACUUUGUGGACGCCUGGCACGUUAUGGUUCAAACAAAUGACUUUGUCAACGCAAACAAUGGCAAGUUUGACCCACGCCAUAUGUACGGCGUUUCUAAUCAGGACGUCCUAAGAUGGCCUGGUCUCAUCAACGGUACUGAGAGACAGGUCUUGGGGUCAUUCGUCAACACACUCCUGGUCCCUGGUAUUACUAUGGUCUCUUGGGGUGAAGAGCAACUGUUCUAUGUUCUCGACAACACUGCCGCCAACUACAUCUACGGUAGACAAGCUAUGAGUUCGGCCCAAGCCUGGCAGAUGCAUGGCUGCUACAAGGUCGGCGAUGAGAACCUGAGCAACUUCCCUGUAAACAGUUCGCUUGUUGGCUGUCAAGAUGAUUCCGUGUCAUUGGACCACCGCGAUCCUACCCAUCCCAUGUACAACUACCUCAAGUCGGGACAUGAGAUGAGAAGGAGAUACCCGGUGUUGAACGACGGCUUCGACGUUCGUCAACUGUCCAACCAGACUUUCGACUACUAUCUGAAUGGUUCCUUUGGAGUUCCGACCGAAACAGGUAUCUGGAGUGUCUACCGCGGAGAACUAGAAGGCGCACAGGAUCUAUCAGAUGCUGGCGGCUAUGGUAACCAGCCUGUCUGGCUGGUCUACAGCAACUACAACGGCUCUAGGAACUAUACAUUUGACUGCAGCAGUACCAGCGGACAAGCCAUCAUCUCGCCCUACGAUGCAGGUACCACGGUCAAGAACUUGUAUUACCCUUUCGACGAGAGAACUCUUGAGCCUUCUACAGAGAAGCUCCACUUCAACGGCUCCAACGAGUACAAUGGUUGUCUGCCAUGGCUCAAUAUGACCAAGUACGGUUACGCAGCCUUUGUGCCUAAGGACGUUUGGGAGGCGCCAUCUCCUUCGCUGACCAAGAUGAUACUCAAUGAUACCUUCAUCGGCCAUGACUCGCGUAUCAUGGUAAGCAACGAGGACAAGGAGACUUUGACCCUGGAACUUCGCUUCUCAGGAGAAAUGGAUUGUGACUCUGUACGCCAGUCAAUCAACAUCACAUCCACUACAGGCGAUGGGUCUGUCGCGGUCAUUGACACCGACAGUGUUGAUUGCCUGACUACCGACCUCCUAGACGAGCCUCUAUUCUAUGGUGCAGUGCCCUCAUUCUGGAGAUACCGUACCAACAUCACAAACAUCGGUAAUGGCAUUCACACAAUCACCGUUAACAACGCCUCUUCUGCUAGCAAGAACAGCUUCACUGGUUCCAGGGACCAUCUGAUGUUCCGCAUCGGUCAGAUCGACAAUCCAAUGGUCUUCCCCUUCAAGGCAAAUUACAGCUCGACACUGCUUUUCAGUGGUAAUGGAGUCACAAAGCGUGCAUCUGAGACGUCUGGUACCCAUGAAGAUGCUUUCUACGUUCAGCACAGGGCUCCAGGUGCUGACAAGUGGCGAUACUCUCUUACUUGGGGCGCGGAAUGGUCCGAUUGGAUGGACUACCAUGGCGGCAACAGCACACUAGACAAACAGACCUGGGCAGGUACCAAGAGACAAAAGUGGACUGGCGACCACGUCAAGGUCCAGUACUGGUCUAAAGCAGCAGGCAGCAGCGAUCAUAUCCAGGAGGGUGAUGUUUACGGUUCUUCAGAGCAUAUGCGUCGUUUCCCACACUUCUUCAUCCAUGGCUCAUUCAACCAGUACGGCUACGACUCUGGUCUCGAUAACAAGAUGAAACUUGUCGGAAACAGCACUUGGCAGUACGACUUUAUGACCGAGUGGCCCUCCCAGUUUCAGCUCAAUGUCUGGGGCAUGACUGAAGACGGUGUACCAGAUGUCUCCGCUGCGUUUGGCGAUAUUGACAACGACACUGUGCUUGACCGCAUUGGUCCAACCUCUCUUGAGAUGUCGGUUGUUAACAUUACCAAUCAUGGACCUGAAUCACCCUUCCUGGCAUGGCGCAUCCACUUCAGUGAUGCCUCCUUCCGCUACGUGCUCAUCCCUGUUGGAAAUCGCUGGAGACAGUUGGCUCUAUUCAUCAUGCUGGCAGUCAUACCCCCUGUCACGGCCUUCAUUGGUAUCUGGGCUUAUCGCAAAGCCUUCUAUGGAGUAAAGUUCAACCAAAUCGGCUUGGCUGAUCCCAAGUCAAUCAUCCCUGUUGCUAUCAGAAACAAGUUCAGCAAGAGCGAGCGCAGAACUGUCCUCAUCGGUACAAUGGAAUACGAUAUCUCGGACUGGAAUAUCAAGAUCAAAAUCGGAGGUCUAGGAGUGAUGGCCCAACUUAUGGGAAAGAACCUUCAACACCAGGAUCUGAUCUGGGUAGUACCCUGUGUUGGUGGUAUCGACUACCCUGUUGAUACCCCUGGUGAGUCAGUCGAUGUCACCAUCCUCGGCAAGGUCUAUGAAGUCCAAGUUCAGUAUCAUAAGCUCGAAAACAUCACCUACAUGCUCCUUGACGCCCCUGUUUUCAGGAAGCAAUCAGCAAAGGAGCCCUACCCUGCUCGUAUGGACGAUCUCGACUCUGCCAUUUACUACUCUGCCUGGAAUCAGUGUAUUGCUGAGGCGUGUCGUCGCUUCCCUAUCGAUCUCUACCACAUCAACGACUACCACGGCACUAUCGCCCCUUUGUACCUCCUGCCCCAGACUAUUCCGGUGUGUCUUUCACUUCACAACGCCGAGUUCCAAGGUCUUUGGCCGAUGAGAAACGCAAAGGAGAGAGCUGAGGUGUGUUCCGUCUACAACCUCUCCGAGUCUGUGGUCGCCAAAUAUGUGCAAUUUGGUGAAAUUUUCAAUCUGUUGCAUGCUGGCGCGAGUCUUCUUCGUAUUCACCAGAAGGGUUUCGGUGCUGUUGGUGUCAGUAAGAAGUACGGUAAACGCUCGUGGGCUCGCUAUCCUAUUUUCUGGGGGCUCAGCAACAUUGGUGCCUUGCCCAACCCUGACCCCUCGGAUGUUGCGGCAUGGGACAAGAAGCUCGCCAACCCCAAGGACGCCGUCAUCGAUGAGGUCUAUGAGUCCACCAGAGCAGGUCUCCGACGCCAAGCUCAGGAAUGGGCUGGCCUUGAAGUCAAGCCCGAUGCUGACUUGUUUGUCUUCGUCGGUCGCUGGAGUAUGCAAAAGGGUAUCGACCUGAUUGCUGACGUCUUCCCUGCUAUCCUCGAGAAGAACCCCAACGUCCAGCUGCUCUGUGUCGGCCCCUGUAUCGAUCUAUACGGCAAAUUUGCGGCUCUCAAGCUCGAAGUCAUGAUGAAGAAGUAUCCUGGUCGUGUCUAUUCCAAACCCGAAUUCACUGCCCUUCCACCCUUCAUCUUCUCUGGCGCAGAAUUUGCCCUGAUUCCUUCGAGGGAUGAGCCUUUCGGUUUAGUCGCUGUCGAAUUUGGACGCAAGGGUGCUCUUGGUGUUGGUUCGCGUGUUGGCGGUCUUGGACAGAUGCCUGGUUGGUGGUACACGAUCGAGUCUCAGACCACCAAACACCAGAUGCAUCAGUUCAAAAUGGCUAUCGAUGGCGCUUUGAAGUCGAAGUACGAGACGAGAGCCCUUAUGCGUGCUAGAAGUAGCGUGCAGCGCUUCCCUGUUGCCCAGUGGAAGGAGGACCUCGAGAUACUGCAGUCGAAGUCUAUCAAGAUUCAUAAUAAGCGUGCUGAGAGGAAACAGCGUAAUGGUGGCAUCUCUGUUGCCACAACUCCCUGGGGCAGUGGCUACAAUACUCCUAACUUGCCUGGAUGGAUGACCCCUAGUGGGUGGACCACUCCUGGCGCUACUACACCAUGGGGCAGGGGCACACCCAACCCCAGCAGACCUUCUUCUCCUACUCGUGCACGAGACACUGCAGAGUCUUCACCAACAAUCUCUCGUAACAACUCGCUGUCUCUCGGCACUCGAGCAGGUCCAGGCCACGUUCAAACCAGGGCUCGCAGUUUCUCUGGCUCUCGCCCUGCUCUCUCGCGCAGAAACUCAGCUGAAGCAACUCAGAACAGGAACCGCCUUUCAAGAAUCGAAGACGAGGAAGUGGCCAUCUCGAGAGAAGAUGCACAGCAGGCUAGAGAACAAGCCCAAGAGGAGGCUCGAUCCGCAAACGCUGAAUCUACUCUGACUGUCGAUAAGGUUAUCGAGCAGAAGGAGGACAAGACACCUCAAGAUUUACUUCCAUUCUUCACUGACAGCACUGGCUUGUAUUACCGCACUUUCCAGCGCAAGCUUGAAGACCUCAAUGGAAAGAACUCAGAAUCUGCCUUGUGCAUUGAGGAAUAUCUUGAGAAGUCUGAAAAGCAAUGGUUCAACCGUAUGCACGAUGUCAAGAUGGCUAGGGAGACCCCUGCGGCCACUCGCGCCAACUCACCUACUGGUCAAUUCGACAGCAACAACAUCGAUCCCGAGAAGGAGACCGCCGACCAAUUCUUGCUGCCCCAAGAUUACCAAGCUCCUACUGGUAUCCGCCGCUUCAUGAUGUACAAGAUUGGUGACUGGCCCAUCUACUCUUUCUUCCUUGCACUCGGUCAGAUCAUUGCUGCGAACAGUUACCAGAUCACCCUGCUUACCGGCGAGAUUGGUGAGACUGCAAGCAAGCUGUACGUUGUUGCUUGCAUCUACCUAGCUGCUUCGCUGGUGUGGUGGUUUGUUUUCCGUCGUUUUGCCUUGAUCUACACUAUUGCGCUUCCCUGGUUCUUCUAUGGCUUUGCCUUCUUCCUGUUGGGCAUGGCUCCUUAUGCAGCUACUUCCUCUGGACGUGGCUGGGUGCAAAACGUCGCUACCGGAUUCUACUCGUUUGCUAGUGCUGCAGGUUCGUUCUUCUUUGCACAGAACUUUGGUAGCACCGGAUCGGCACCUGUCAAGACCUGGGGCUUCCGUGCUUGCAUGAUUCAAGGAACUCAACAGCUUUAUAUCGUUGGUCUAUGGUUCUGGGGUGACAAGCUCUCUGCACUCAGCGAUAACGGUAAAGGCGCAGCGACUUUGGUUACUUAUGGAUCUACGAUGACAGCCAUUGGUGUGCCGAUUGCCGUGUUCCUCUGGGCUGUUGGUAUCCUUCUUUGGCUUGGCUUACCUGCAUUCUACCGUCAAGCACCUGGUGCAGUGCCCUCCUUCUACACCGCCGUGAUGAGACGUAAGAUUAUCGUCUGGUUCUUCGUUGCAGUAUUUAUCCAGAACUACUUCCUCGCUUCCAUCUACGGUCGCAACUGGAAGUACCUUUGGAGCUCCAAGCACGCACCCGGCUGGGCUGUCUUCCUCUUGAUCUUGCUCUUCUUCGUCAUUAUUUGGGCUUUGCUGCUAUGGUGGUUCUCGCAACUAAGUACCACACACUCUUGGUACAUACCUAUCUUUGCCAUUGGUUUGGGCGCACCCAGAUGGUGCCAGAUCCUGUGGAGUUGCAGCAACAUCGGCAUGUACUUACCAUGGGCUGGCAGUCCCGUAGCCUCAGCACUCCUUGGUCGUGGGCUAUGGCUCUGGCUCGGCGUACUCGACUCCGUUCAAGGCAUCGGUUUCGGCAUGAUUUUGCUGCAAACCUUGACCCGCUUCCACAUCACCUUUACUCUUGUUGCCGCUCAAGUCAUCGGUUCCGUCGCCACAAUCUUGUCAAGAGCCACAGCUCCUGACGCCACAGGCCCUGGCGAUGUGUUCCCUGACUUCUCAGUCAACUGGCAAGCCGGUCUCGCAAGCGCCGAUUUCUGGAUCUGCCUGCUCUUCCAACUCGCAGUCUGUGUCGGUUUCUUCGCCUUCUUCCGCAAAGAGCAGCUCUCCAAGCCCUAA